AUGUUAGCUCUCACGAGCCGCCAAAAGACGUGCUGCCAAGUCUUGAAAUUGCCACCGGACUUCCGGACGGAGCAGGACCUCACGCUACUGCUGGCCGUCAUGCGGGAGGUACCACACUUCUCACAGCUGGAUCCGGUGACCCUGAAAAGUUUGUGUCGCCAGAUGACGCUGCAGCGCUUCGCCAAAGGCGAUGUGAUGGUGCACGAAGGCGACGUUGGAUCCGAGUUUUACGUGCUGAUUGCUGGGUCUGCAGGCGUGCACCGGAAUGUCGACGAGGAGCCAAAGCAGCGCUUUGUCGACCACUCUGCAGCUCAGGCGCCCGAGGCCAAAGCGGCGAAGGCGAAGAGCCGUCUGGGUGGACGCGCACUCAAUCGGCGCAUCUCGCAGACCAUGGACGAGAGCGCCAUGGAGAAAGCCGCGGGCGUCGCUAUGGAAGCAGCGGAGGAUCGACGAGGGCACCGACAGUCCACCGGCUUCCAGGCUGAGACACGGUACUAUGGCAGCGCCUUGAGUGACAGUGACUCCGAUGAGCUCGAGGAGGUCCCUGUCCGCUUUGCCCGGCCUUCGCUACGCAAUGCGGAGUCCGACGUGACGGUGCGCUCAGAGAAGUCUCCCCGGAAGCAACAGCUCCGGAUGGCACAGCUUCUGCCCGGCUCGUCCUUCGGCGAGUUGGCUCUGGAUACCAAGCUCCCCCGUCAGUCCACAGUGAGAUGCGAGGAGAAAUGUGCCGUCGCGGUCUUGAGGGCAGAGGUCUAUCACAAGAUCUUGAUGAACUCCGAAACAAGCCGGCGCUCGGCCUGGAUGGCUUAUGCCCGUAAGGCACCGGUGCUCCGGUCGCUGGACAUGUCCUCGCGUUUGCAUUUGGAGCCUCACGUGAGGAUCCAACAGGUGGCCCGAGGCCAGAAGGUCUGCCAAAUGGGAGAUCCCAUCCAGGAGGUCUUCUUCGUGGCGGAGGGCAUUUUCUCCGUCUCGCUCCGCGAGGGGCCGGCCUCCAAGACGGCACAACGGUCGGAGAUUGUCACCUCCCUGCUGCGGGCGCCCGCCUGCUUCGGCUGGGCGGCGCAACUGCACAACGAGCACUUCGAGGAGUCUCUGACCUGCUCGGCCGCAGGAAAGCUCUACGUUCUGCAGCUGAAGCACUUGCUAAUGAUGCUCUCAGCAGCCCAGCAGGAAGCCCUGACCCGCGCGGCACAGCAAGAACGCAGGUUUCACUGGGCACGUGCAAGCUUGAUGAGGGCCAUGAACAGACGCCCAGCAAGGCAACUCUAUGCCGUUGGGGGCCGCCUGGCGGCUUUGGGCGAGGAGCUGCGGGCGCUGGCCCAGGGCGGGGAUCCAGAGGUCACACGUCUCCUCUCAGCUUGCUGGUCCGCUGAAUCCUUGGAGCGGAAUCCGCGGAAUCGACCGCUUCACACGACCGCCGCACGGGAGAAGAUUCCACCACUGGAGCCGGACCUUAGCCGAGUCCCACAAGAAGAGGUGCCAAAGACGCGCCUGCAUUCCUCGCUGCUGGAGCUGUGGUCCUCAGACGUUUUGGCCGACCGCCAAAGCCAGCGGUCGGGGCAGCAGAUCGGAGUCCUUCAUGGCUUUGGCCCGGCUGUUCAGGCCAACCGUUUCAGGACGCAAUUCUUUAAGGUUCCGACCGGGCCCUGGUCGCACGCGAGGCUGAAGGCCUCGGCCACGGAGCCAGCGCUCCGGAAGCAAAAGUCGAUGAAGGCCUUAUCGGGAGGAGACGAAGAGCCAGAAUUUUUUGACUUCGAAGACGAAGGCAUGUCACCCAUCUUGGAUGCCAAGAUCAAGGAAACGAUGCGGCAACAGCGCUUGCAGGAGGAGUGGCUCAAGAGCGCGGAAAAGGCAGCCUUCAAGAUCCAAGCAAAAGCCCGACUCUUCCUCAGGCGUAUGAAGUCCAUGCACCAUGCUGCCACUUGUAUUCAGAGAGCCUUCCGCCGGAAGAUGGAGAGCCACGAGCUGGAGGAGCACGAGGAGCCGGAGCUGGAGGAGGUGGAGGAGGAUCACAACGAGCAGCUCGCAGACGCUGGGCCACAGGCCAGCGAGAAAGGAGACGUCGCAGCCGGAGGAUGCAAGGAUGCACCUGAUGUGUCCAGUCCAAGGGUCGCUCCACGAGGUUCGAUCUUCCAACUGGACUUCGACGCAGAUACUCCCAAGUUAUCCGACCUCAAGAAGGCCUUGAGCCGGGCCUCUCGCAUCUCACGGAGAUCGACGCACGUCUCGAAGGUGGAGCAGGAGCUUCACGAGGCACUGGAGAGCCGCUCACGCUCGCAGUCGCGGGAGCUGCCCGAACUCCCACGGCCUAUGGUGGUGCCAGUGGACCUCAUCGAGAAGCACAAACUCCUCAUGAGCAUGGAGGUCUUAGAUCCUUGGCCCCCGGCAGCUCCGGGCCAUAGCGAGCUGCAGCGAGUGCGGAGGAAAUGGGAAGGCCUCCAUCGGAAGCCGCGUGGAUCCACCACGGAGGUCUUGGCUCUUGUGGAGGCUACGGCAGCGGACCUGCGACCGCUGCGGUUGCCGCUGCUCCCCGCGUCCCCGAAGGGGCCUUUGGUCUUCUCGGCCAGGCUUAGUGGUGCUCACCCAGAGAAAGAUCGGGACUGGGCGAUGGUGCGCCGGCCGUUGGAGGAGGGCGAGGUGGACCCCUGCCAGAUCUACAGGCCGAGCCACAGCGGACGAGAUCGCAUCCGCUUCCGCACCUGUUCCAAGCGAAUUCCCUGA